AUGGCGGAGGUGGGGGGCGUCUUUGCCUCCUUGGACUGGGACCUGCACGGCUUCUCCUCGUCUCUGGGGAACGUGCCCUUAGCUGACUCCCCGGGUUUUCUGAACGAGCGCCUGGGCCAGAUCGAGGGGAAGCUGCAGCGCGGCUCGCCCACAGACUUCGCCCACCUGAAGGGUAUCCUGCGGCGCCGCCAGCUCUACUGCCGCACCGGCUUCCACCUGGAGAUCUUCCCCAAUGGCACCGUGCACGGCACCCGCCACGACCACAGCCGCUUCGGAAUUCUGGAAUUUAUCAGCUUGGCUGUGGGGCUGAUCAGCAUCCGGGGAGUGGACUCUGGCCUGUACCUAGGAAUGAAUGAACGAGGAGAGCUCUAUGGAUCGAAGAAACUCACACGUGAAUGUGUUUUCCGGGAGCAAUUUGAAGAAAACUGGUACAACACCUAUGCCUCCACCUUGUACAAGCACUCGGACUCGGAAAGACAGUAUUAUGUGGCCCUGAAUAAAGAUGGCUCACCCCGGGAGGGAUACAGGACUAAACGACACCAGAAGUUCACUCACUUCUUACCCAGGCCAGUAGAUCCUUCUAAGUUGCCCUCCAUGUCCAGAGACCUCUUCCGUUAUAGGUAA